ACACGGAAACCAACUACUUCCGCCAUCAUGUCCAUCCAGGAAGUCUGAAAAAGCUCUUAAGGCCAGUCGCACUGUUGUAGUUACGAAAGAAAUUACUGGAUUUAUGAAACUAUCGCCGCGCAACUCCAUGUAGAAAUGUAUCUUCUCAUGCAGUGAAACGUCAAGCGUGUUUUUUUUUUUUUUAGCUAAGUCUGCAAACCAUGAAUGCUGGGGUAGUUACGAGAAAGCCUUGCACACUUUUUCUUGAAACCAGUAUCGACCUUUGUUAACGUUACACGAAUCUUUUGUAAAUGAUAAAUCGUCGUGUUUACAUGUUGAUGUACAGUUCAUCUUUUAGCAUUUAUGCACAAUGCCCACUACUUAAACUAGCUAGUUGACUCGCUGGACAGCAUGUUUCAGAAGACUUCUUUCACGACCCUAAUUGUUGGGGUAUUUGUGGUUUACGUGUUGCACACCUGCUGGGUGAUGUAUGGCAUCGUAUACACCAAGCCUUGUGAGAACCCCAAAGGCGAAAAUUGCAUCAUUCCUUAUCUCGCAGAAAAACCUCGACUACAGCUUAGCAUCUACACAGCCCUAACAUCAAGCGGCGAAGGUGGCCAUAGCCUCAUUCUCAAGGUGGACGAAUUUGAUGUAUAUUCCCGGAUUGAGAAGGAGGUGAAUGUAUCCUUGCCAAGGAAAACGCGGAACAAUGGGACACUGUACGCCCUGGUGUUUGUACAUCAGGCAGGUGUGUCACCAUGGCAGGACACCCGACAGGUGCACCUGGUGGCCCAGCUUACCACAUCCAUGCUGCCCAAACCUCCAGAAGUCAGCCUCAUCUCUGGCCAGGAUGCCCCACAGUCGGAUCAGCAGAGGGCCACUGGUGACACUCCAACCAAGAGGCCAGUGUCACAUUGGCGAUCCCGUCUCACUUUGAACAUCGUGACAGAGGACUUCACCUUUGACAGGGAGGCCCUGCCCAGUGAUGUGCAUCGCUACCUUCGAGUGUUUCAGAGUGGAAAGAAAAUGAUGUAUCUCCCUCUGCUGUUUGUUGAUGAGCUUAGCAACCGAGUUAAAGACCUGAUGGAAUUCAACAGCAGUACAACUGAACUUCCCCUCACUGUGUCCUAUGACACAAUUUCCCUGGGAAAACUCCGCUUUUGGAUCCACAUGCAAGAUGCAGUGUACUCCCUACAGCAAUUUGGCUUCACUGAAAAGGAUGCAGAUGAAAUAAAGGGUAUUUUUGUUGACACCAACCUGUACUUCCUGGCACUGACAUUCUUUGUGGCUGCUUUUCAUCUCUUGUUUGAUUUCCUUGCCUUCAAAAAUGACAUCAGUUUUUGGAAAAAAAAGAAAAGUAUGGUGGGAAUGUCUAGCAAGGCAGUGCUAUGGCGGUGUUUCAGCACAAUUGUGAUUUUCUUGUACCUGGUGGAUGAACAAACUAGCUUACUAGUGCUUGUCCCUGCUGGAGUAGGAUCAGUCAUUGAGGUGUGGAAGGUGAAGAAGGCCUUCAAAAUACAAGUUCUGUGGAACGGAGUAAAACCAACAUUCCUGUUUGGAAAAUCAGAUGAAUCUGAGAGGAGAACGGAGGAAUAUGAUACACUGGCAAUGAAAUACCUGUCAUACCUGCUGUACCCCAUGUGUAUCGCAGGAGCUGUAUACUCUCUGAUUUAUGUAAAAUACAAAAGUUGGUACUCCUGGUUGAUCAACAGUUUGGUCAAUGGAGUUUAUGCAUUUGGAUUCCUCUUUAUGCUACCUCAACUUUUUGUGAACUACAAGUUGAAGUCAGUGGCCCAUUUACCCUGGAAGGCAUUCAUGUACAAAGCAUUCAAUACCUUCAUUGACGAUGUGUUUGCCUUCAUCAUCACCAUGCCCACCUCUCACCGUCUGGCCUGCUUCCGAGAUGACGUUGUGUUCCUUGUUUACCUGUACCAGAGAUGGCUUUAUCCUGUAGACAAGAGCAGAGUCAAUGAAUAUGGAGUUUCUUUCGAUAAGAAGCCCAAAGAGAAAACCCACAAAGACUAAAACUACCAGAUUGAAAUGAUGCAAGCAAAAGGAAACAGGAAAGCAGUGUUAUCCAUUUUGAAUAUCCGCAGCGAUAGAAGAGUUUUGCUUCUGAGGGGAGCAUGGACAUUGAUCAAGUUUUGGCAUUUCUUUCAAAGUUGACAAAGAGAAUUGAGAAAAUGUAGUGCUUCUAAGCCCCCCCUCCCCCGGACUUCACCCAUCCCAGGAUAGGCUUUUCGGUCUGCUUAUCAUUGCUUAACAGUGUCUGUGGCCUUAAUCGCAAGCUGUAGAAGCAUGAAGAAGCCGUUGCCACCUGCACCUGCUCACCUGUUCCAGCAUGAGGCACUCACUGUUCUUUUGGACCCUGAGUUCAUACAUGAAUGUGUUCUUUUAAAAUGUGUGUAGCAAUAUUUCCUGACCUUGCAGAGAUAAUUUUCUUUUAUGUGGCACAGUAUUGCGAAAUGAAAAUUAAGAUGGUGCCAAAUACAAUGAAGAUAAUGUGAUUUUUUUGUUGUUAGAGGGAACUGAAUGUACUUGUUUUGCAAUUUUUGAAUGGAUAAUAACUUCUUUUCAUAUUUGGCAUCAACAUUCAUGACUACUGAAAGCUCCAAAUAACUGAUUUUGGGAUUUUGGGGAAAGAAAACUGAUCAGAGAUCCAAAGGGACCUGUCUCUGGAGAAUUCCUACUUAUUUGUGUCAAAUUCAUGUUCCUUGUGUCAAUUUGUAUGUUAAUUAGCUUUUACAUUAUGGCUUUUCCUUCAAAAUAAAAUACUGUCUUGAGUAUAAAGGUAGAA